CACGUCACUUCCUGUCUGGUGUCGUCCGGCGGACAAAACGCGGAACUGAAAAAAAGCUACUGUUGUGGUUGUGAGACACACCUGACCUGGCUGGACAGGCGUAACCAUGUGGAGGCUGCUGACGCGCGCCCCCGCGCCACUCCUACAGAAGCACUUUUCAGAUUCUUGGGCAGCCCUUCCCACCAGUGCUGGUCUGAAGACGCUCCUCCCAGUUCCAACUUUUGAAGAUGUCUCCAUCCCUGAAAGGUCCAAGCUUAAAUUUGUUGAAAGAGUCCCACUUGUGCCAAAAGUAAGAAGAGAACCUAAAAACCUGAAGGACAUACGAGGGCCUUCAGCUGAAGCCACUGACUUCACAGAAGGCAACUUUGCGAUUUUGGCACUUGGAGGCGGUUAUCUCCACUGGGGCCAUUUUGAAAUGAUGCGCUUGACAAUCAACCGCUUCAUGGAUCCCAAGAACAUGUUUGCCUUGUGGCGAGUACCGGCCCCUUACAAGCCCAUCACUCGCAAAGGCGUUGGGCAGCGCAUGGGGGGCGGGAAAGGUGCCAUUGAUCACUAUGUGACACCAGUGAAGACCGGCUGCCUCAUAGUAGAGAUGGGUGGACGCUGUGAAUUUGAAGAGGUAAAGGGCAUCCUGAACCAAGUUGCUCACAAAUUACCCUUUCCAGCAAAGGCUGUGAGCCGUAAAACUCUAGAAAAGAUCCACCAAACUCAAAAAGAAAGAGAACUUAACAACCAAAAUCCCUGGACCUUUGAGCACAUAGCCACUGCGAACAUGUUUGGCAUACGGAAAUUCCUGAGCCCAUAUGACUUGACACAGAAAGGGCGAUACUGGGGCAAAUUCUACAUGCCCAAGCGUGUGUAGUGAAAGUGCAAGGAACACGUCCGUCCUCAGCCUCCUGAGCGAGAAUCUGCACCUUUACCAUCCUUCGGGUCUUUGGUGGUUCUUGGAUCCUAACUAAGCACAUGAGUGACUUCUGAAAAACUGUGUCCCCUGAUUGAUUAUAAUUAAAAUUUGAGUGUAACCUCAGGGCACAACU